AGGCAGAGAAGGCAGGCCUGAAAGCCGAUCUCCAAGAAGGCGUGGCUCCAGAAUGAUGGCAAAUAAAAACCCGGAGAGCCAGCACCGCCUGGAGACCAGCAGGAGGCCAGAGGAGCCACUCAACAAGCCACUCAGCUCCUGGGCCUUGGAAGUGAUGCCCAUGGCGUCCCCGCAAACCCUGCUCCUCUGCCUGCUGGUCCUGGCGGUCACUGAAGGCCAGGGUCAACAGGCAGCCAUCCCAGGCUGCUACUUGCACUCCUUCAAUGUGACGGUGCGAAGUGACCUCCAAGGCACCUGCCAGGGCUCCCAUGUGGCACAGGCCUGUGUGGGCCACUGCGAGUCCAGCGCCUUCCCUUCCCGUUACUCGGUGCUGGUGGCCAGUGGCUAUCGACAUAACAUCACCUCCGUCUCUCAGUGCUGCACCAUCAGCAGCCUGAGGAAGGUGAAGGUGCAGCUGCAUUGUGGGGGGGACCGGAGGGAGGAGCUGGAGAUCUUCACGGCCAGGGCCUGCCAGUGUGACAUGUGUCGCCUCUCGCGCUACUAGCCCAUCCUUCUCCCGCCACCGUCCCCUUGGUCAGAGGGUUUAAUGUUGGAGUAUAUCCUACAUAUCCUGAACCUCAGCAAGGACAACAGCGCCAACCCUGUGAGAAGAGGGGCGUUUCUGCCUCUUCCCCGCCU